AUGCCAGAAACUGCAUUUAUUAUUUUCUUUUCUUUUAAAUAUAGAGAGGCAUUAGAUUAUAUGUUUUUUUGGCCAGAGGAUUUGGAAGAAGCACUUUGUAAAAAUGAAAGAGAUGAAAUUUUGGAAAGAUUAUUGUUAUAUUUUCUAAAGAAUCUAAAGAAUCAAGACAAACUUAUCGAUCCAAUUUCUUUACAUAAAGAAUUAAUGAGCUAUAUCGAUACCACUAUGCAAGAAGAUAAAGAUACUUACACCAGGGUCAAUCCUUUAAAAAAUGUGGAGAAUUUUUAUAAACUAUCAGUUCGUGACAAGGUUCAAAUAUUAAAAGAUAUGGUAAUUAAACAAUUUUAUGUUUCCACAAAAAUCAAAGAACUUGCCAAAGCAAGAUAUCCAACAAGCAAAAGAAACAAUACUAUUCCAUUUGACGUUGAGAAAUUAGGAUCAGAUUCUGAUGGUUCUAAAUAUUAUUAUGUUGGAAUUGGAUCUAGGAUUUAUAAAGAAUCUAUCGUCAACGACAAUAACGUUUCAUGGAGUGUUAGUACUACGACAGUUGAAGAUGUAGCAAACCUUGAGAAACAUUUUGAGAAGCGACUUAUGGGAAUUCCACCCGAUCAACAACAUACCGAUGAAAAGUCUUUUUAUCAAAAUUUACAAACUAUUAUUUCUCCCAUUAUAUGGCAAACUUUAGAAAAAGAACAAAAACUACCAAGAGAAACAAGAUUAAGAAUAUAUAAAGUACGUCAAAAAUCUUUACCUCUGCGUGAAGAUGGUGGCAUUCUUGAAAUAAACGCAAAUGCAAGUGUUGCUGGUGUGAGUAAGAAACGAAAAUCGAUUAUUAGUAAAGAAAGUGCAUCGACUCAAUCCAUAAUAAUAAAUGAUAAUGAUAAGUUGUUGAAUGAAGAAGAUCGUAAAAAGGAAAGUAUUAUUAUUGCAUCGUCUCCAAAAAGAGCUACAAGAUCGGAACAAGAUCAAUCCACUACUAUCAUGGAGUCUUCUUCUAAAAAAAAUAAAAAAAGAAAGGUGACAAAUAAAGAAGUUGACUUUGAUUCAACAACGCUAUUAUCACCUGAAAAAAUAGAAAAAAAUAAUUUAAAAUCCAAGAAAAAUAAUUCUCCAAAAAAAGGAAAAAAUCUGGCAAAAUAUGACGAAUCAGAGAUUACUGAUGCAGAAUUAUCAUCAUUGAUUGAUUGA